CUUUGCUACCUGCUUGUUCUAUAACCUCCUCAAAAUUUAUUAGGAAGCCUAAAGGUUUAUAAUUGUAAUUGUAGAAGUUUAUUAGUAAUUUAUAAUUAUGGUCCACUGCUCUGCUUGUGGGUGCUUUAAUAGCACUGAAAAGGGUUUUAGUAUGAAACGGUUUCCAAGGGAUCCUGAGCGGAGGAAGGUUUGGGCAGCUAAUGUUAAGAGAGACAAUUGGACUCCAACAAAUGAUAGUCGUAUAUGCGAGGCUCAUUUUACGCCUGACAUGUUCGAACAAAAUCGAGCUGAUGGAAGGCGCUUGUUGAAACAGAAUGCGGUUCCCACCAUUUUCUCUCAUAUUCCAGAGAAAAAACCUAGGGAACCUCCAAAGAAAAGAUCCAUUGAGAUAACCUGUAAAUCAGAAAAAGAAUCAGUCCCAGCAGUUAAUGUGGUCCACUGCUCUGCUGUUGGGUGCUUAAAUAGCACUGAAAAGGGUUUUAGUAUGAAACGGUUUCCAAGGGAUCCUGAGCGGAGGAAGGUUUGGGCAGCUAAUGUUAAGAGAGACAAUUGGACUCCAACAAAUGAUAGUCAUAUAUGUGAGGCUCAUUUUACACCUGACAUGUUCAAACAAAAUCGAGCUGAUGGAAGGCGCUUGUUGAAACAGAAUGCGAUUCCCACCAUUUUCUCUCAUAUUCCAGAGAAAAAACCUAGGAAACCUCCAAAGAAAAGAUCCAUUGAGAUAACCUGUAAAUCAGAAGAAGAAUCAGUCCCAGCAGUUGAUAUAGUCCACUGCUCUGCUUUUGGGUGCUUUAAUAGCACUGAAAAGGGUUUUAUUAUGAAACAGUUUCCAAGGGAUCCUGAGCAGAGGAAGGUUUGGGCAGCUAAAGUUAAUAGAGACAAUUGGACUCUAACAAAUGAAAGUUAUAUAUGUGAGGCUCAUUUUACACCUGACAUGUUCGAACAAAAUCGAGCUGAUGGAAGGCGCUUGUUGAAGCCGAAUGCGAUUCCCACCAUUUUCUCUCAUAUUCAAGAGAAAAAACCUAGGACACCUCCUAAGAAAAGAUCCAUUGAGAUAACCUGUAAAUCAGAAGAAGAAUCAGUUCCAGCAGUUGAUAUCAUCCACUGCUCUGCUUAUGGGUGCUUAAAUAGCACUGAAAAAGGUUUUAGUAUGAAACGGUUUCCAAAGGAUCCUGAGCAGAGGAAGGUUUGGGCAGCUAAAGUUAAUAGAGACAAUUGGACUCCAACAAAUGAAACUUAUAUAUGUGAGGCUCAUUUUACACCUGAUAUGUUCGAACAAAAUCGAGCUGAUGGAAGGCGCUUGUUGAAGCAGAAUGCGAUUCCCACCAUUUUCUCUCAUAUUCAAGAGAAAAAACCUAGGACACCUCCAAAGAAAAGAUCCAUUGAGAUAACCUGUAAAUCAGAAGAAGAAUCAGUCCCAGCAGUUGAUGCUCAUUUUACACCUGACAUGUUCGAACAAAUUCGAGCUGUUGGAAGGCGCUUGUUGAAGCAGACCGCGAUUCCCACCGUUUCCUCUCAUAUCCCAGGGGAAAAACUUACGAAACCUCCAACGAAAAGUUCUCCAAUUGAGAUAACCUGUAAUUCAACAGAAGAAGAAUCAGUCCCAGCAGUUGAUAUAUGCUCUACUGUUGAUUCCAACACUGCUACAGUAGAGAGAACAAAGGACGGCGUCCCAAGUUCAUCCAGUACUGCUGCAGUAGAGAGAACACAGGAGGACGGCAUCCCAAGUUCAACUUCUUCAUCAUCCUCUGCUCCUUCACCUACUUUAUUUCCUCAGAUGAAACAACAGGAACUUCUUAAAACUCUGAUAAAAUCAUACAAUAAAAUAGUGGACAAAAAUAAUCGUCUUAAAGUUAAAUUAAGAAAAAUGAAAAACAUUUUGAAAAAAAAACAAGAAAACAUAUAUUUAAAAUGUUUGAAAAAAGUUUUUACUAAUAAUCAAAUCAAAGCACUAAUGAAAGAUACGGUGAAAUCAAAAACAAAAUGGGAUAGUAACACAAUAAUAAAAGCAUUAAAAAUGAAGUUCGCAUGCGGAAGUAAUGGGUAUAAUGAACUUAUUGCUCAAAAUUUUCCUCUUCCAUCUCACCGAACUUUGAGAAGGAGGGUGCUAAGUGUUGAAUUUUGUCCAGCGAUAUUAAAAGAUGUUUGAUUUUUAAAAAAUUAAAAUUGAAAAUAUCAAUGAUGAGAGAGAAAAAGACUGCUGUCUCAUUUUAGAUGAAAUGGCAAUAAGGCCUGGGCGUACUUUUGACUGUAUAAUCAAUGAUUAUAUCGGUUUAAUAAUGAUUUCAGAUGAAUCUUCAAGAUUUACAGCACGUGCGUUAGUAUUUAUGGUUGCCGGUGGAAGCAAACUGGCUUAUUAUUUUACCGGAAAAUCUAUAAAAAUGGAGAUUAUUUUGAUACAACAAAUUUUUUAAAAAUUAUUGAAAUAGGUUUGAAUGUAAUAUGUGUUACCUCUGACAUUGGUUCUUCAAACCAGUCAUUUUGAAAGGCAUUUGGUAUUACAGCCGGAAGAUAUGCACAUACACAAAAUUUUUUCUCAAUAUCCUAAUAACCCCCAAAAGAAGAUUUUCAUUAUAGCAGAUCUUGUCCAUUUAUUCAAAAACAUUAGGAUGUCGCUUUUAAACAAUAAAAGGUACUUGUUAAGAAUCCGGUCGGGACGAAACCUCCCUUCUUAUCUCGUGUAAGAUGUGAGUUAUUCCAUUGUAUAUUUUUGUUGAAAUGGAUGUUAAUACAUUGUGGGCAUUGCCUUCUUCAGAAGAAGAGGCUAUCAAAUAUUUUCAAAAUGCCAGGGUAAUUGCAAAGGUGAAAUUCUGCGAAGGUCAUGAAAUGAAGUUCGACAGGAAGACGAAUUAGAGAUGCUUUCGUACCACUUGUAAGAAAAACGUACCAAAAUAAGGAAAGGAACAUGGUUAGAGGGGUCGAAGAUUUCGUUUUCAACUGUUUUAAAAUUAAUUUGUGGGUGGUCUCAUAAUUUAACAAGGAUACAGUGGGGCAAAGAGCAGCUGAUACUAUCGAAGACAAGUAUAAUAAUGUAGAACAAAGUUUUAAGAGAGAUUUGUGCCCAUUACAUGUUAUACAGGUCAAGUCAAAAAAUUAGAGGACCUGGCAAAGAUCAUGUAGAGAGAGUUCUCUCUGAACAAUGGAUGCUUGGCGGAGUUUGCCAAGAAACAGAUGAGUGUUUCAUCGUCAAAAUGAAUGACAGAAAAGCAAAAAUUUUAUUAGAAUGUAUUAAAAAUAAUAUAUAAGGGGGAAGCACCAUUUAUUCUGAAUGUUGGAAAGGAUACAACACCCAAGUACUGAAGGAAGCAAACUAUAAUAAUUUCCAGGUGAAUCACCGGUAUAAUUUUGUUUAUCCGUCAAGUGGGGUUCAUACUCAACACAUAGAACGAUUAUGGGGCUCAGCUAAGUGGAAAAAUAAGAAACAUCGAGGAACUGCGAGGUAACACCUUGAUUCAUAUUUUUUUGGUGGUGGCCUCACAGAAAAGAGGACCCCUUCCUCGCUAUUUUAAAUAGCGUUAAACUAUUUUGUCUACCAUAAUAAAUUAAAUGAAAAUAAAAUUCUUUUAUAUGUACAUACGUUUUUUAUAUAAACUAUGAACAUAUAUGCGUAAAAUUAAAUUGUUUUGUUAUUGUUGUGGGAUUUAUUACAUUUAUUUUUGUAUAUUUCAAUUUUAAAUCUAACUGUGUUGUUAUUACAUUUGUUUUUGUCUAUUUCAAUUUCCAUAAAUAUUGCAGUUGUUUUUGUUUAUUUCAUAUAUAUAUGUUGUAAAAUAAAAGUGUUUUUUAUUAUUACAUUUCUUCUUGUGUUUUUGAAUUCCCAUAAAUAUGACAUUUCUUUUUGUCUAUUUCAAUUUCCAUAAAUGUGAAUUCGAUGAUAGGUAUUAUCAGAAUUAUCAGUGUUGAGAUUAUAAACAUUGGCAGAUAGCAGUCGAUCCCGACUGAAUUCUUGACAAGUAACCAAUAAAGUUAUAGAAAUUCCAGAAUAAUUUUACAGCAAAAUAAAUGGUUGUGCAAGCAACUCAUAUUAAAGAACUAUUUGAUUUCCAAGAAAAAUUCAAUUUCAAAUUAGCCCCCAAAUUGGAUGAGGAAGAUUUAUCCCCAUCCCAUUUUUAAUCAAUGAAAGUUGCUUCAGCGGCACAUGUUAUAAACCAUUCAGUUAGAAGCGGUCUUAAGUUUUAGUUAGGGCAAGGCAAAUAGUCCCAAAUGCUUUGAAAUUUAAAACUUAUAAUGAUGCCACAAUAUAUGAAAGAAAGUAGGGGGAAUUUUGAAAUAGGCGAGAGAAACGAUUUUAUAGAGUUGAUAAAAAAAAAAAAAAAAAAAUGAACUUCAGAUAGAUUUCAGCAACUUCGUACCGGAAUCGUAGACCUAUCUGUCAGGGAACUAAAUUUAAAUAGCAUAAAACUGAACUCCCUCCACUGUCUCAGUGGGUUCCUCGUUUCAAGUAUUAAAAAAAUUCUAAAUGGUAUGAAACAUGUGUAGGAAGUUUAGGAGGCUAUACACCAUAUGGCUUAGCAUAUGAAAAUUUUACAGUUUUGGAACAAUUUAAAAAUACCAUUUUUUUGUAAUGAAAAUACGUUUGAUUUGGUUUUAAAAUUAGAAGACAGUUUCUAAACCUAUUGGAACAAAAAAAUUCUGUUAAAAGUGAUUUGAAAUCACUUUUCUUGGAAAAAUUAGUUCUGUUGAUGCUGAACACAUAAUUGAUUGUCAUAGUAUUAAAAAUACUAUUUUGAAGAGGUUUAUUGUAUUUAGACUUAAAAUAAAUUAUAUCAGUACAAAAGUUUCCUCUAUAGGUAGGUCUAUUUUUAGUGGUAAAUCUGUUAAUGUAUAGGCAUUUAUAAACUUCAUUUGCUUUGUAAGUAAAUAAACAUUGUCUGUUAUACCUUUGGUUUUUUAUAUCCUUUUGUUGAUUAAAAAUGUUUUCUUUUUAAAGUUAAAUUUGUUUAUUCUUUAAUCGAUUUAUAAUUCAUUGUAUUUUAUCCUUACAAUUUUUUAUUUCACUCUUCUCUGUUUUUUUUUUUACUUGGUAUAUCCUGUGUGAUAAAAUUGAAAACACAUAUCCAACAACCUAUGAUUUCCCUAAAAAGUAAUGAAAAAUUAAAAGCUUAGAUUGUGGACCAAUGGAAAAUUCAGAAGUGAUUAACAUUAUUAAAAUUUAUCAUAUGAUUAUUUAU